GGUUGAAAACUUUCCAUUUUUCUUUUCUAAAAUAUUAAAAAAUUCUCUGAAUUCUUCUUAUAUAAAGAUGAACUCCCUUGUCUCAAGAUAUCCCACAAGAAAAAUUCCCUCUCUCUCUCAAACCAACCUUCAAAAUCUUCCCCUCUUUCUAGGCUGAAAAUGGAGAUUGCGAACCUUCCAAUUGGCUUCAGAUUCAACCCCACCGAUGCAGAGCUUCUGUAUUACUUAAAGAAAAAGGUUUUGUCUUUGCCAUUGCCAGCAAAUGUCAUUCCUGAAUUGGAAGCUUUCCAAUUCAAUCCAUGGGAUUUGCCUGGUGGGCUGAAUGAGAAUAGGUUUUUCUUCUGCAAAAGGAAGAAGAAUUUGAUGAGCAAAUGCAGCAGUUUCAGCACUGAUUGUGGGUACUGGAAAUCAAGUGGCAAGGAAAAGCAGAUUGUGGCUGGAGAGAGCAAUCAUGUGAUUGGAAUGAUGAAAACAUUUGUUUUUUAUCAGGGUAGGAACAUGAAGACUCAAUGGAUUAUGCAAGAAUUCACUAUUGUUGGCCAUCUCAAGACACCAUUCUUGGAUCAGAGGCUGAUGAUGAAAGUGGGGAAUUGGGUUGUUUGCCGUUUGUACCAAAGGAGGAUGAGAGCAAGAAAUCAUGGGGCAGCAGAGUUAGGACAUUCCAUUGCUCAAACGACGCCGUUUCUGCCUUCGUCUUCGUCAUCAUCUUCAAGUGACAUCUCUUCUAGUGAUUUAGAUGAGUAGUAGUAGUAGUAGUAGAGGGCCUAAUGACAUGUAGUCUCAUUUUGUAAUGCAAUUUCAAUUUGGCAAAUGGCAAUUUCUUGUUUAUUUCUUUCACAAAUAAAUCUAAUUUUAAUUCUUUAA